AUGAAAUUGACCAACACCAUCCUCGUUGCCCUCCAGGCAUCGAUGGGCUUGGCCUUCGUCGUCCCCAAUGAUGAUAUCAAGAAGGCCAUGACACAACACAAGCAUGAUGAUGCCGACCUCGAUGAGAACAAGUUUCAUGGCUAUGAACAGAUCACCAAGAUCACUUCACACCGAUACUUUGGACCUAAGGACCACAAGCAUCAUCAUGAAGAGAAGAAGCAUGACGGCGAGGACGAGGACGAGGACGAGGACGACGACACCGACGAUGAUGACGAUGACAAGAAAGAGCAUGUUCACCACCCUCAAAAAGUAAAGGAGAAGCACAAUAAAAGCAAGAAACAUGAUGAUGACGAGGGCAAUGAUGAUGGUCACAAGAAGCAUCACUCCCAUAACUCGAAGAAGAAGCAACAUGUCGAAGAAGAUGAUGACAAGGAGGAGGAUAAGGAACCCAAGCUCAUCUUCCACACAGACGAGUACAAGAAGGCCAAGAAGGAGGCCGAGGACAAAUUCCCAUGGCUCAAAGAUGAUGCGUCAGAGACUCCCAAAUCCAAUCACAGGCACAAAUUCAUAAAGGAUGCCAGGAAGAAAUACAAUUCCGCCCAACAUGUUCAGUUGGAGACCCCUAAGCACUACAGCAAGGACAAAGAUGAAGACAAUCAGCUUAAGGAAGCCAAGCAGAAACUCCCUUCCUUCAUCAAGAAUGUUGUGCUGGAGACCCCCAAGCGCUACAACGAGCUCAAGAAUAAAGAGAACCAGGUCAAGGAAGGCAAGAAAAAGGAGACCAACUUGAAGGAUGGCAAAAUGUACAAGAAGAUUCAUCGAGGUGGAAUGGUCGUCAAGCGCGAUAUUGACAUCAACAUUCAUGCUCCAACCUUCGAGAUUUAUCAUGAUUCUGACAAGAAGCAUGAGCAUGGCGACGCGGAACUUGUCAAAAUCUUUCACGUGAGCUCGCAGGAGUCGACUCAUGGGACCAAGGAUCCCGAGUAUAAGCAUGAUGAUGAGCAGAAACACAAGGAGUCAACAAAGGAGCACCAUUCACUUCCCAAGUCUCACCAUAAGCAUACCGGGUCUAAGAACUAUGAUAGUCACGACAAGGAUCACUUUGGAGGUGCAAAGAAGUAUCCCCAGUCAAGCAAAGAUCACAAUCAGACUCAAGGGCACCACCCCACGCCUGUUGUAGAAGUGACCAAGAAGCUGGUCGAACUGCUCGCCCCGAUCAUAAAGCCGAAAACUGGCCGUCCUGACUCUUCCAAAGAGCCAUCCCAACAGUAUAAAUCUUAUCCUUCUCAUGCUUACUCUGAUAAGGGCUGCCCUAGCCCUCAUGACAAUCGCUACCCCAACUACAAGAAACCCUAUUCGCCAAAGGACACUCACUAUGAUGAUGAGUCUAAGAAUGGACACAAGAAGUCUGAUCAAGCAGAGGAUAAGCGAAUUGAUGAAAAGAAGAAGAAUAAUGCACUGCGAGUUAUCAUUGAAUCCCUCGCCGAGCUUCUUGCCAAGAAGGCAAUAGCCCAUAAACACAGCCCCAAGAAAACUCACCCAUCCCAAGAUGAUCAUGACAGACACUAUGAGUCCAAGAAAAAGCACCAUCCUCAUCAAAGGCCUUCCUAUCGAUACAAAGAGCAUGCCGAGUACAAGCAUGAUGACAGCAAGAAACAUGUCAAGCUGAGCCAAGACAGUUCCUCUCACUAUGAGCCUGGCUAUAAGCAUGAGGAGUUGGACUCACAUCACAAUGGAAAGAAGAACGACUAUGAUCAUGACCAUGACCAUGAGGACUCCAAGAAGGGUCGGUACUCGCACAACAAGCCUAUUUCUCGGUACAAGAAGAAAAUCGACUACAAGCAUGAUGAUGAGGAGAAGCAUAUCAAAGUGAGCAAGGAUCACGUCUCACAGCACGAGCCAACCCAUCAUGAUGAGAAGCCGGAUCAUCAUCAUUAUCAUCAUGGAAAGGAUCAUGAGCGCCCUAAGAGGCCCGGGCCUCAUCAUGACCAUCAAGAGGCCGAGCACCAUGGGCACUCUGAGAAAUCAAAGGACUAUUACCCAUACAACAAACCAAAACACCAAUACAAGGAGCAUUCUAAGUACAAGCACGACGAUGAUAACGGCCGUGGUCCGUUUGAUCAAAGAGUGAAUCUGGAUCGUAAACCCAUCGAUCACUACACAAAGUCUAGACAUCACAAGGACCACGAAGAUGAAACGAAGGCAUACAAAGAUCACCUGUCUCAUCUUGAGACUCACACCAAAAGAUCAAGUAACAUUGUACCUAAGCUCAACACCACUCAAAUCCUCAACCUGGAAGCGCUUUCGCCGCAGGACCGAAAGAGAAUCGCAAUGGGCCUGCCUCUUGAUCGGCAGACCAGAAAGGAGUUCGGCGAGUUCAAGGAUUGCAGCCCCAAACUGAUUGCCAAGCUCAAUGUCAUGUAUGCCCGUAUCCUCGAUGAUCCCAAAUAUGCACCUUUCAUCAAGUACCUCAACACAGAACGCGAGUUUCGCAACAGAAAGAGAUGCAGUUUCAAGCUCACUAGAGAGAUGAUCGCAAGUAUCGAGGCUUUGGACCCCGAGACUCGUGCCCUGGCUGCAGACGAACUCAAUUUUGACCCGCAACUUCAGCAAGAGUUUGUGAAUUCCAGAAAGCUCUCCCCCGGCCUUAUCAAGAAGCUUGAGAAGUGGGCUACGAAACAUGGGAGGGAUCCUAAAAACAAGGCGAUUCUUGAGAAGCUUAUGUCUCAAAAUAAGAAGCGAGCAAUCUCAAAAUCUGUGCUUACUCCAGAGAUGCUCGCAAAGAUCGAGGCUAUGGACCCUAUGCUUCGUGCCGUGGCUGCAGAUAGACUCGAUUUUGACCCGAAGCUUAAGAAAGAGUUUGUGAAUGCCAAAAAGCUCUACCCCGGCCUUAUCAAGAAGCUUGAGAAGGAGUAUGAGCGUAUUGCGAAGAACCCUAAAUACAAGAAGAUCCUCGAGAAGCUCCAGGCCUGUAGGAAGCGAGCAAUCUCAAAAUCUGUGCUUACUCCAGAGGUGCUCGCAAAGAUCGAGGCUAUGGACCCUAUGCUUCGUGCCGUGGCUGCAGAUAGACUCGAUUUUGACCCGAAACUUAAGAAAGAGUUUAUAAAUGCUAAAAAGCUCUACCCCAGCCUUAUCAAGAAGCUUGAGAAGGAGUAUGAGCGUAUUGCAGGGAACCCCAAAUAUAAGAAGAUCCUCGAGAAGCUCCAGGCCCGUAGGAAGCGAGCAGCCCCAACCCCACCCAUUCCCAAGAUCCCAAAUGAGAUGCUGAAGAGAAUCGAAGCCAUGGAUCCAAUCCUACGCCGCGUGUUCGCAGAGAGAUUCGAUCUUCCCGCGAAACUCACAGAUGAGUUUGUAGAUUGCGGAAAGCUCGACCAACAGAUGAUCCACAAACUCAACUGGGAGUAUGCCCGCAUUCAUAAGGAUCCCACAUUCAAGAAGAUCCUUCAAGAUUUCAACAUCAAUUUCAAGCGAUCUGAGGGUCAGGACGAGAAGACCGAGGACGAGCUCAAGCCCCUGACAGAAGAUGAGAAGAAGGAGGAGGCCAAGCUCAAGAAGCAGGAGUUGAAGGAAACGGAGGCCAGUCAGCCGAAAAGGCUCACUGCAACCGAGCUGGAGUACAUCGGGCAUCUGCCUAAAGUCCUGCGCGCCAAAAUAGCCAAGAAGAUGGAUAUGCCUAAGGAUUUACGAAAAUGGUUCACCAAGAAGCAAAGCUAUACAGGUGAAAAUCUGGAGCGACUGAACGAGGUGUGGCUCCGAAUUCAACAAGACCCUGAAUAUGCAGACGUUGUCAAGCAGGUCCAGUCUUUGUAUUACACGAAAGACGGUCCAAUAGAAGCCAAAUACUUCAAGAAUCUAAGGGAGAAAGUCGAGGAGGCAGCCAAAGCCAAAGACAGGGCGAGAGCCGAGACGCCGAGGGAAGACAAGAUACAGACACGAUCUGUACACCAGCUUACCGAGAAGGAGCUGGAACGUUUGCUCAAGUUGGAUAAAUACGAGCGCCAGGCCCUGGCGAGAAAGGUUGGGCUAGAACAGUCACUCGCCCGUGAGUUCAUCAACGCAUCUAAACCGAGCACUGGAUUCCUCGAGAAACUCAACGAGGCUGUCUCCAAGAGUGUCGGUACUCCUCAAUACCGAGAACUUCUCAAGCUUGUCGGUAAGGAACUCCCCAAACCCAAAGAGGAAAAGCUAAAGCUGGAAUCCAUCAAGAAGGACGUGCGCCUGGAAAUCGCCAAGAGCUUAGAGUUCGACGACUUCACCAGGGAUGAGUUUUUGGAGGCUAAGGCGCUGGAGGGCAGACUCUUGGACAAGGUCGCGAAGUUUUGGGGGGUCAAGAGGAUGAAGAACGCAGAGCAGGGAAAGGAUGACAUCAAGCACCCUGAGGUUAUAAGCAAACUUCUCGAGUCCGCCCUGGACAAGACAGGCCAACAAGGUAGUGGUGUCCAGAGUAAGAGCACAGAUGGGAAGAAGCUCACCGAGGCUGAGCAGAAAAUGAAGGACAAGGUCGAAAAGACAAAAGCGAACGGCUGGUGCGAUGAGUUCGUUAGCGAGCUUGGGGACUCUUUCGGCCCUGAGGAGAAGAAGGGGAAGAAAGACGGAAACUGA